AUGCCUGUGGUCGACCCCCAUCACGAACUGCUAGUCUGCCUAUCCGCAAUUCGACCCAUCAUGAUGUACGAAUCGGAAGCUUGGACAGCACCAUCAACGGUUAUGGAGAGGCUUGAAACCUGCACGGAACGAAAGUUGCUUACACGGCUACUUGGCUACUUUUCCCCUUGGGUAUGCUACAAUGAAGAUCUUUACGCAGAAAUUGAUGUGGUAUACCGGCGGAUAACACGUGGAAGAUACCAACAUCUUGCACCGCCAUCAAAAAUGGCUAAAGUAAAUCGUCUUCGCCUCUUUGGUCAUAUAUUAUGA